GUGUGACCUGGAAAAUAUAUUCUCAUCUUUAUUCUUAUGCGCUAUAUAAAUGGUAAACGUUCAUCCCCUUUUGUAUAGAAAGUAUCCCUGUAAGAAAGCGACAAAGGAUAUUUAACACAUUUCUUUCUUAAUUUUAAAACUAGACCUUGCUCUCUCUCUUUUUAUUAAUUUACAUCUCCUCACUUUCUGUCAUGUCAUUUGGCCUAUCACAUUUGAGGCAACAAAGCCAAGAAGAUUUCUGUUAUGACAUUAUGCCUUUGGAUGUUGGAUUGAAUGAAAUAGAGAGUGCUCUGGAUUAUCGUGUAAUGUCGAGGAAUAUGACUAAUGAUAGGAAUACUACGUCGUCGUAUCCUUCCAUUCAUCCUGAUCUACCAGCAUUUCACAAUCCUACUUACUCUGAUUGGCCAGUAAAUAAAUCACGACAUUCUUUUAUACUUGAAUCAAACCCACCAUUGUAUCCAUCUACACCCACUGCAUAUCCAAUCUACAGUAACGCAAACACCCUGACUUCAUCUACAUCUCCAUAUCACAGUAAUUUUUCCGAAGCGAGUCAAUCAUCUCCCACUUUAUUCUGGACAGCCCCCACGACAAAUAGUACUCUCUUUACUACGGACGUUGCAUCUUCCGAGAAUACGCCAACGUCUGCAAAAAUAUCUUGUUCUUCUUCAUCCGAAGCCAUCUUUGAUUCUACAGAGGCCGAGAUCGACGAAAGAGAUUCUCAUUCGCGGAAUCCAUCGUUUGAUCAGCAGUUCAUGAAUGUCUAUCGGUCACAACCUAAACCAACAGAGGAUGCUUAUUACAAUAGCAGAAUAUCAAAAGUUCAUUCUCGGUUUAAGAGCGCCAACGCUUGUCUAUCAUCUUAUGGCGAAAAGCCCAAACAAGAAAAGUUCCAGCAGUUUUUAUCACCACCGCUACCCUCGAGUUCUUUGAUGCAAUCAGGGCAAUCCCUGGCAGAGAGUAAUACACUGACAGUUGGCAGUAAAAGAUUAAGUAAAUCGUAAGUAUAAAUCUGGUAAAUAAACACGCAAUGCACGCACAUACAUUCCUAAACAAACCAAGGAGAGAGCAUGCACAUAUAAAUCGAGAGACAGUGAGGACAAAAAAAGAGAGCUUAUACAUAGGAGCAAAGGGGGAGGGAAGGAGACUGGACCCGACGAAGAAUACAAAAAGUUCGUACAAAGAGUAUGUUAUUAAAUAAAGGGAGACACAUAAAAGGCAAAACCGUA